ACUUAAACAUAACAUAAAAAUAUUAAUAUUAAAAUAUGAACAUUCCGGUUGACGGGCCCGGUUAUAAGCUAGCUUAUAAAAUAAAUUUUAAAAAUACCUAAGUUUGGAGUGGUUUGAGUUCAAUGGACUCGAACCACUAGUGGGAUCGAGUUAGAGAGUCUGAUCCACUUUCUGAGGUAGUGGAUAGAGUCUGAUUGACUCGAUCCACUUCAUUGAAAUAUCCAAUAGCCUCAUUCAACUCUUGGCUAAAUAAUUUCACUACAAUCGGAUAACCGAGCAUACAGUUAAGGCUAUUGGAUAUUUAAAUGCAGUGGAUCCAGUUCAUUAGAUCCACUACCUCAGAAACUGGAUCAAGGCAACGAAAAUGGGUCCCUAAGGCGAUUGGAGCAACAAGUCGGCUAGCAGUUACCAAGGCGGUUACCAAGGCAGUUACUCCUAGUGGCUAUAAAUAGGAGAAACGAAGACGGGAAAAGGGUUCCACAACCAACCAUUUGACACACUAUGUCAAACUUUAUCUUUUUCUCUGCAAAUGAGCCAUAUCCUUAGUUUUCGGAGCUCUCACUGAACCUCCAUAGGAGUAGGUGUAAUUAACUUAGUUUGUUCCCAAAAACCAUCAAAAACAUCAAGCACCCUCGUUCGAACAUUGUUCGGAGAGGUGUGAACCGUGUUGAUUGUCGUUGUUCAAGAAGUCAAGGUGCAUUCAUUGUGUUCGAACACAAGUUUUUCCUCGCCAGAAAACUAAUUGGCACACCUGGUGGGACAACUGUGUGUUUGAUUUGAUGGCUCCACGACUGAGAGAACAUGAAGGUGAUAUUUCACCAGGAGUUGUGAAGGAGUUGGCGGCCAAGUUCAAAUUUGGCCAAGCAUCAGUAAGUGUUGUCAGAAACAAUGGCAUGAUUGAGAUCUUGCCACCAGUGGCACCUUGUGCCGAUGUAACCACCACUGUCAUGUCACUCCGCUCAAUAGUGGAUGAUAACUGCAAGAUGGUGGUGGGGAACCGUCAAGUGAUGGUGGAGAUCCUUCGAUUGAUGGAAGAGAGUUUGAAUGGACUUGUUAGAAGUUCACAACAGACAAGUCUAAAACUUGCUUCUUUUAGUUCUAUGUUAGAUAGACGUUUGGAUGAAUUGCUUGAAGCAACUACAGAAAAUACAAAUUGCUUGGAUAAUCUUAAAAAAUAUUUUAUCGAACCAGUGGUGCGAGAAAUUUAUUUACCAAAAAAUGGUAUAGAUCCGCCACCAAGUAUUGAUACUGAGUAUACAAGUAUCUUGUUCUCCGAUGGUCGGACUACCCAACCACGGUCAGAGAACUUACCGCCUCCGACAAUGAGUCAACCACCUCUUCAACAAGGCGGUUAUGACAAGAAUAUUACCAACACAUUAACCACCCAUGUAAAGCAACCGCCACCAAUGCAGACAGUUACUCUAAAAACUGUCUCAGAGGCUAAACCAUUCUUGAACAUGAGAGUUGGUGGAUGGUCACUAGCUAUGGAUGUGCUACCACAAGUUUGCCCACCCUCGUUGCCAUUGAUGCUUAAGCGGUCUGGUGGAUGCAAACCACCAGGGGGGCAGGAAGAGGUGCAUGGAAGCCUACCACCUGACAAGUUGAAGAUGAAGAGUCAGGCUGGGGGGCAAGUUGAUGUCAAGAAAGGUGAACAAAAUGGUGUGUCCAACAGAAGACCAUAUUUGUCACACUAUGUCAAACUUUAUCUUUUUCUCUGCAAAUGAGACAUAGCCUUAGUUUUCGGAGCUCUCACUGAACCUCCAUAGGAGUAGGUGAAAUUUUUUAGUUUGUCCCCAAAAAACCAUCAAAACCAUCAAACACCCUCGUUCGAACAUUGUAGUAGAGAGGAGUGAACUGUGUUAUUAAUCGUUGUUCAAGAAGUCAAGGUGCAAAUCAUUUAAUUCAAACACCAGUUUUUCCUCGUCGGAAAACAACAAAGCAACACCGCCAGGCCACCGCUGCGUCUCCACCAUCGCCUUGCCCCGCCGCCAUUUCAUCGCGCCACAAAAAGACGAAAACGUUGUCCAAGCUGCCUUCUCUCUAAGCAGCUCCAGCCGAAACUGUUUAUUGUCUCAUAAAAUUAAGGUGUUCAAGAUCAGAUUCAAGAGCUUGAUUGACACGAACAAGCUCGAUGGAUAGCCGGAGUUCUUCAUCAUGCUGAUCCCGAAUCCAACAAUCAAACCUCAAAAUAAAAAUAAAUAAGAGGAAAAUAGAUCUGAAGCCAUCGCCAACAAUUACUCAUUAUAUCCAUUCUGCAAAUCGUCCGGAUCUUCUAAAGGGACUUGGAAUUCACCCAACAUCGACGCAUCUGGGCUCGGCCGCUGCCAUGGUGGCGAGUCUCGACCCUGUCCUGGUUGUGAAAUGAGAAACUCCGCCUCUAGGCGAUCGGCUUCUUCUUUGCGGCGUCGGGAGCUGGGGUUUAGGGGUUGGAGGAUUGACGACGGCUGAGAUGAGUUUGGGUUUGAUUGCAGGUUUUGGAUUGAAAUUUGAGUGUCGAAAAUGGGCGGUGUGGAAGGAAGGAAGUACGAAGACGAGGAUGGGUGCAAUGACCAGCGCGGCGGCCGGAAAGACCGGCGGGGAAGGGAGGACGUUUUGGGCGAAGACGAUGGGAUAUCAAUCGCCAAUUCGCCAUUAUUGGGAAGCGAAGAGAGAGAAGGGAUGGAUGGCUCCUCAAAAAUUCAUUAAUUUUUUUUAUUUCAUUUUACUUUUUCUAUUCUUUCGUGCGCUGACAAAAGUUGCCACAUCAGCACUUCUGUUAGUCAAAUCAGCAUGUUAGAUAACACCGUUAAAAAAUAAGACAGAAUUGG